CUUAAGUACGCAAAAGCGACCCGAGCUGAAAGUGUGAAAGGAUUUCGGCUUGUGUGCUCGGGGGAAUUGUCGAGUCUCAUCUUGCACGGCUUUCGACAUGCCGACUGCUCUUGUUCAUUUCCCGGCCUUGACGCGCGCGGGCGUGGACGUCCCUAAAUCAUCAAAAGGCUUGGCACCCUCAACGUUACCAUCGGUAUCUUACACACAUGCAGCUGCUUUGGGGGCCGCAAAAUCUGUGCUUGAGCCAGAGUCUUGGACCGUGAUAGAUGGUGCCGAAAAUAUAACCGUCGGACCUGAAACGACACAUGAAUUAUACCUGACCGACUACGAUCUCAUUCCGUUCGAGCAGCUGCUCGGCGCUGGUGUCUCCGUAAACUCGAAGCCGCACCAGGAGUUGGAAGGCGAAACGACCAGUAGCGAUUCGGUGCAGCGAUCGAACCGCCAAGCGCAAUGCAGUAGCUAUGUCAUUCGAAAGGCUCUUAUUCGCAAGCAUCACCUCGCAAGCACUCUUCAUUUGCACUCGGUCAAGCAGAAAUCGAUUUCGAGCAUUGGAACAGGAAAGACUGCAGAGGAUUGCACGCCAAGAACAUGGCACAUUGAGCUACAAUAUGCAGACGAUUUGGAUGAACUCUUAAUUGACGAGCUCUAUGACUUGGCGCAGAGCAUAUCUGAGGCUAAGGAGCGACGGGAAACAAGGUGGUUCAUUUUGAAGCCAGGGAUGUCGGAUCGAGGACAUGGAAUCAGGCUCUUCAAUAGCAUCGAAAUGCUGAGAGCUGAGCUCGAGCAUUUGGACGCUGAGCACUCCGAUGAGGAAGAUAGCCAAGCUGGCGAUAAUGAUGAUGGCCGAGCAGCUGGCGGCCACGAUGACGAAGAUGGCAUGCUCGGCCAGCUCAGGCAUUUUGUUAUUCAGGAAUAUAUCUCACGACCUCUCCUUCUUGAUCCCCCAGUACUUUCAAAUACAGACUCGCUUCUGAAGUCACAAGUGGGGCAGGGGCGGAAGUUCCAUCUGCGAGCCUAUGUCCUCUGCGUAGGUGGCUUACAAGUAUACCUGUUUGACGAGAUGCUAGCCCUGUUCGCACCGGUACCGUACACUUCUCCGUCAUACUCCGCUGAAGAUUAUUCUUCCGAUCACGUUGACUUGUCCGCACACCUUACAAAUACGUGCCUACAAAAUAAAGAGGCUAUCAAGCGUGGCGGUCGGCCAUCGGAGGAGAAUGUUCACCUUUGGAGCGAUCUCAAAGGCACGUGCGUGCGCCAAAUUGGCUCUAGCGACGAUUCACGGCACUUGACGGAUGAGCACCUCACUCAUGUCCACCAGCAAGUCGCCGCGACUGUCGGCCAAGUCUUCGAAGCUUGUGCCAAGGCAGGCAGCAUCCAUUGGCAAAUGUGGCCGAACGCGUGGGAAAUCUUUGGCGUGGAUCUGCUUGUAGGGUGGGACCUGCAAGAUGAACCUACGCAAGGACCUGAUGAGGACUUCUCCAAGCUUAGAGUGUGGUUACUGGAAGUGAACGCGCAACCUGACUUUGCUCAGACUGGAGAACGACUGAGCUCGAUCGUCGAUGGUGUUUUCAAGCGCAGCUUGGAGAUCGCAGUCUUAGGAAAAGGGCCUCGCCAGGUGAAAUGGAAAGUGGGACAGAGUCGCAGCGGUAUGACACUGUGCUUCGAUGAAGAGCUCAUCAAAGAUGUAUGAUGCGAUUAUGAAAUGAGUGUUGUUCAAUGC